AUGUCUACAGACGCCCUCAGGCUCAGUCUAGGGCCUCGCAAGACGCAUCGAAAGAGUAAGAGCGGUUGCAGGACGUGCAAACAGAGAAAGAUCAAAUGCGACGAGACCAGGCCGAUAUGCAACAAUUGUACGCGCAGAUAUGGGAAGGACGAUGCAGCCCUUUGUAACUAUGGGCAUGGGCGAAGACACCAGUCUUCUUCGGUUGUAUUGACAGUGUCCUCACGACCCUCACGAUCAUCACGAUCAAGUCGACCUAAGCAUUCAAGGUCAGGAUCCGACGAGGAGAGUUCCGAACUCCUCGAGGGGCUGUCGAACGACGUUCUGGGUAUCGCCAUGCUAGACGAGCACUUAUUGUCGUCGAUAGCCCCGGACUCGGCAUCCAGCGCAGACCUUGUGGCACCAGAUGAUAUGCCGUGGUCAGGUCUUUCAAGUGGGACCACCAACUUGAACAUUACCGAUUUUCGGACUCCUACUCGUCUACGCUCCCUGAUAGCCUGUGAAUCCCCUUCACAGUCCCAGCCGCAGUCGGAGUUAGAACUUUUCCAGCAUUUCAUGUCCUCCACAUGCAACACGAUGCCGUUGAUCGAGGAUCCGGAAAUACGCCACUUAUGGACGGUUAAAGUCCCGCAGAUGGCUUUGCGGUGUCCAUUUCUGCUGGAAUCAGUGGCAAUGAUCGCAGCCUUCUAUCUCAGGUCCCCGACACCGAGUGACGAAAGGCUGGUCGUCCAAUCACACCAUUUCUAUGGACUCGCUCUACGAAGUACCAGAGAGGAAUUAAGCCGGGUCUCACAGUUCACUGCUGAACAGCUUGUCAUCUCGUCAUUUCUGCUAAGCAUCGCUUCGUGGCGCUUUCGGACGGGCUCGACAGAGUCAUAUGCCGUGCCGAACGAAGCGUUUCAGACCUCAAUUGCCGCAGUGCAGGUCUAUCUGAGCACCUGGUCGUGGCUGGAGAGUGUCCAGUCCACGGUGCACAAGUUUUUCAGCUCACUGGAUCUUACUAGGAAGUGGAGCGAGGUCCACAACAAAAAACGGUACAGCGACGCCGUGGCCAUGCUCGACGGAUUGGACGACAUGAACUCCAAAGACACGAACGAGCAAGAGCUGAUUCGGCAUCUCAUGGCGGUGCACUCCUGCCUCUACCAAACAGGGUCCAAGGAUGCGAUCCGCCACCGGUUGGUGCAAACCGCGCUCAACCCUCCGCAGUGUUUGACCCAGGGUCUCCAAGAUAAGAACCCCCUAGCUCUGGCCGUCUGGGCACGCAUCAUGUCUCUCUGGACGGAAGUCGAGGGAACCUGGUGGACUAGCGACAUCGCGAAGUACGAAAUGAGUGGCAUCCAGCAUGUGUUUGAAGAUUGUGGGUACGACGACGAGCUGCUGAAUUGGCCACUGGCGCGAUUUGCACGGGAAGGAGAAUGA